AUGUCCACCACCACCUCCGACGACGACGAACAGAAUCACGAGAAUCCCGAAGCGAUCCCUCGGAAGCCCAAAUACAAGCGCCGCAAGGUUGCAAUAUUCUUCGCCUACUGCGGCGUGAGCUACCAGGGGAUGCAGAAGAACCCCGGCGCUAAAACAAUCGAAGGCGACCUCGAGGAGGCUCUCUAUUUGUCCGGAGCCGUCCCCGAACCGGACAGGGGUCAACCGAGGCGAUACGACUGGGCCCGGUCCGCCCGUACCGACAAAGGCGUCAGCGCCGUCGGCCAGGUGGUAUCGGGCCGGUUCUACAUCGACCCGCCCGGCUUCGUCAAGCGGCUCAACUCGAACCUGUCCCCGCAGAUCCGAAUUUUCGGAUACAAGCAGGUCACGCCGUCGUUCAACGCGAAGAAGUUCUGUGACCGGCGGAGGUACGUUUAUCUUAUCCCGGUGUUUGCACUUGAUCCGUCUUGUCAUCGGGAUAGAGAGAGCGUGUUGGCCAGCGUGGGGUCCGGAAAUGAGCUGGUCAAGUGCCUGGAGUGUUCGGAAAGAGGAAGGAAGGUUUUGGGGGUUAUGGGUAAGUGUCGUUAUGAGUCGCAAGGUGUUUCUAUGAAUGUUGAGGUUGCUCCAGGCAUUUCAUUGAACGAUCCUAGUGCAAGUGCUUUAACUGAAGAGAAUUCUGUAAUUGAAUCCUUGGAGGAUAAUGAUUCUGAAAAUAACUCAAGUAUCAAAACUGGGAAAGUUGAGGAGGAUUGUCUUCAGAGAAAUCCGAAAAAUGGCUAUCACCAGGCAAAAAUAAAGAAGAGAAAGUUUCAUUAUGGUGAAGAGGAGAAGGAGAGGUUUAACAGAAUACUAAACUACUAUGAAGGGACACAUAACUUCCACAAUUUCACCACACGAACAAAAGCAGAGGACCCUGCAGCCAAACGAUACAUUGUCUCGUUCAAUGCUAAUGCUGUAAUCAGCAUUGAUGGACUGGAAUUUGUCAAGUGCAAAGUCGUGGGCCAGAGCUUCAUGCUUCACCAAAUACGCAAAAUGAUUGGUCUUGCUGUGGCAAUCAUGAGGAAUUUUUCUGCCGAGUCGUUAAUUCAAACUGCUUUUGAUCCGAAGGUAAAUAUAAAUGUGCCUUUGGCCCCUGAGGUGGGGUUGUACUUGGACGAGUGCUUUUUCUCGUCGUAUAACAAAAAGUGGAAGGAUAGCCAUGAAGAGCUCUCGAUGAGGGAUUAUGCGGAUGAGGCUGAAGAGUUCAAGAAUAAGUACAUUUAUUCCCAUGUUGCCUCAACUGAGCACAAGGAUGGGUCAGUGGCACUUUGGCUGCACUCUUUGAACUACCGUAAUUAUCCGGAUUUACAUUUUAUUGUGGGCAAUGGCUCAGGUGGUGAUGGCAAGGGGAAUGGGGUUGUGGAUGGUUGUACUAUAUCUGAUGUGAAGCAUGAGGACGUUAAAAGUAUGGAUGAGUUGACUUGACUUUUUAAAAUUCUUGCUGUUUAAUAAUUUUGAAAAAAAAAAAAGACGAGUGUUUUCAAUGUUGUAUUGGCUUUUUUGAGAUUGGUUUUGUCGACCAUUGUCGUUUGAUGUUUAGAUCUAAUAUGCUCUGAGGUCUGCUGAUAGAAGUUUCAGUUAGUUAUCAGUUGGACCAUGUAACUCUAUUGUCAAAUAUAGUUUUCCAGUUGAGUGUGUUGGACAUGGUAUUAUGCUGGUUUGACUUUUAUAGGAACACCGAACAUC